AUGUUUUUCUUCGCUAUCUUUGGGACUUCAGGAGUAUAUUUAUUGGCUGCAAUGGCUUAUGACCGCUAUGUAGCAAUCCAUUUUCCACUCCGUUACUCACUUUUCAUGAAUAAACAGAUGUGUUUUUGGCUUGUUUUCUCUUGCUACGUGAUGAGUCUUAUACAGUCAUCAGCUGUUAUUUCUUCAAUCAGUCAACUAUGUUUUUGUGCUUCCAGGAAUAUCAACCACUACUUUUGCGAUAUUCCACCUCUUCUAAAACUGGCUUGCUCUAACACUACUUUAACUGAGAUCCUUGUUUAUAUAUUUGGAGGGUUUGUAGAAGCAGGAUCACUGGCUGUCAUUUUUGCUUCCUACAGCCUAAUUCUAUUAUCAGUUUUGAGAAUUCGUAGCUCUAAAGGACGAUACAAAGCUUUUUCAACUUGUGGAUCCCAUUUUACCUGUGUUACUCUCUUUUAUGGUACUGUGGUAUUCACGUAUAUGCGACCCACAUCCAAUUACUCAAAGGGUCAGGAAUGGCUGAUUUCCAUAGUGUAUACUACUGUGAUUCCUGCUGCUAAUCCAAUGAUUUAUAGCUUGCGAAAUUCUGAGGUGAAAGGAGCUUUAAAGAAACUAAUGUUUGGAACAAUAUCGUACAACAAGUAA